AUGGCCGCCGCCUUCCCGCCGCCUUCCCCCGGCCGCUCCCCGCACCACAGCGCCCCCGGCGGCGCCCCGCGGCACGGCACGGCACCACAGCUCCGGCUGCGGCAGCCGGGCUCUCCUUCAGGAGCACACAUUGCAGCGUCGCGCUCUUUCUCCCAGGUCCGGAGCAGCUCCGGCGCUGUCUCCCCCCGGACGCCCGGGUCCGCAGCUUCUCUCCUGCGUGCCGCUGCUGCUGGCACGCCAGUCGGGGUCUGCCGGGUUCUGUUGCCCGCGCAAGGAAUGACAAAAACCACAUUUUUCUUUGCUGCAUUGUUCUUACUGGAUUUUUUCUCUUGCUUUCGUGCUUAUCCCUUGCCUGACAUAGAAGAUGUAAAGUUCAUUGAGGAUUGUGUGAGAGCUCACAACACAUUUCGAUCCAAAGUGAGUCCACCAGCCAGCAAUAUGUUUCACAUGUCCUGGGAUGCUGCUUUAGCUAAGACUGCCAAAGCAUGGGCAAAGAAGUGUAAGUUUAACCACAAUACCUACCUUGAAAUGCCAGGAAAAAUGCACCCCACCUUUCGCUUUGUUGGAGAAAACAUCUGGACUGGCACAGCCCACAUCUUCUCUGUGGAUGCAGCUCUCAGGUCCUGGUUUAAUGAAGUCAGCAGCUACGAUUUCAGCACCAAUACGUGUACUGACAAGUGUGGUCACUACACUCAGGUCGUCUGGGCAGAGAGUUACAAAGUUGGCUGUGCAGUUCACUUCUGCAAUACAGUUGAAAAUUUUCCAGGACUAUUCAAAGCAGCACAUGUUUGUGACUAUGGGCCAGCGGGGAAUUACCCAAGAAAACCAUAUAAAGAAGGACAGCCAUGCAGUAGAUGCAGUAAUGAGAAGUGUGUAGACAAGCUCUGUGAAAAUACAAAAUGUGAGAAGCUGGUAAGUUAUGCCAACUGGUAUCCGGACUGGGAUACACAGCCCCAGCCACCGCAGCCGCGUCCCCCCAGGCCUCCCAUGCCAUCACACGUCCCACCUGCUGAGCAUCCACGAACCUCUUGUGACCAAUACUGUCUUAGUGUUUUAAUUUUAAGGCCACUGUUUAUUGUAUUGAGUGCUGGUGCUGUACUUCUAGUACAACAGCAAUUUCCACACACUUUUUUUUAUGAGUAA